AUGCAGCCGUACAACUUCAUGGCCCGCAUCGUCACGGGUGACCUAGUCCAGCGCAAAUGUCAGUCGGAACAGGCAUUCUUGGGCGAGUACGGAAGCCGAUUCGUCAUCGCGCACAACAAACCCGAGAGUGAAGACAUGUGGUCAAGCUCCGAUCCGAGCUGGAUCGGAAAGGCGAGCAUGUCCAAAAACCACCGGUUUAUGGCUUUCAAAGAUCUGCGAUGGGAAUUCUGCAACAUACUUGCCGUCGGCAUCGACAGCGGUUCGGCGCAUGGCUUGGCGAAGCUGCAGGAUAUGAAGAAAGCCGCGGUGCACUGGGUUCAACAUGCGCCUGGCUGGUCCCCACCGGAAAAAACGGCCUUCCUUCUCGCGGUAUGGCCUUUGACUGGCGUUCCCUGCUUGCACCUCCACAUAGUUGACCUUUCCUGUUCAGGCCCAUCCUUUGAGAGGCUAAGCCGCAAGCUGCUCCCACUGGACGAUGCUAUCCGAGUACUGGAAGACGAAGUCAAAGGUGUGAGACCAAGCAAAGGCUACAAGAGGUGA